GUAUAGCUAUAAUAUCACUGAUAUAGCUAAACUUAUAGAGGCUAUAUUGUAAAGUGAAUUAAACAUGGGUCUUCUUGGGAAAAGCUUGGGUUCCAAGUUUAAAGACAUCAGUAAACAAGCUGUUUCUAGGACUGCUAUCUUAAAGAACAAGUUUCAAGUACGAGGAUCUUAUGCUCGCUCUGAUGUUGUUCAAUUCUUGGACCUUGGUUACCAUGACAGAGCUCUCCUUCGGGUGGAGCAGUUAAUAAGAGAACAAAACAUGGUGGAUGUGUUUGUUAUGAUAGAAAAUUACUGCAACUUUCUCAGAGGAAGAGCUAAACUUCUCGAAAAGAACAGUGACUGUCCUGAGGAGAUCAAAGAAGCAACUUCAAGCCUGAUUUUCGCAUCCUCUAGAUGUGGAGAAUUUCCGGAGCUUCAAAAGAUUAGAGAGAUUUUCACUUUCAGAUAUGGGGAAGGAUUCGCUGCUCAUGCUGUGGAAUUGCACCAAAAUAAUAGAGUGAACUCAAAGAUGAUAUUAAAGCUUUCAGCUACUAGGCCAGCCAUGGAGAUCAGACUGAAAGUGCUGAAGGAUAUUGCUGCAGAAAUUGGAGUUACUUUGCAAUUGGAACAACACUCGAAAUUGACCAAUGUGAACAAAUUGAGUGAUGAGUAUGAGGAAGAAGAGCAUGAGAGGAAGAAACUAGCAAUGGCACGGACAAUUAUGUAUAGAUCAGCCUGA